AUGCCGGCGGUUUCGCACGCGCCUCCCAUCCACGAGACGCUUGCCGAUAUGGAUAGCCAUAUCGCGCGUCUCAAGGACAAGGUCGAGGAGCAACGCAAGACCCUGCAGCACUGGCAGACGUGGGACGCAGAGUACGAGGCUCUCAAGGAAGAAGUGCAGGCUCUUGCCGUGGCUCCUUCCGUGGAGGAGCUGCGGCGGGUUCGUGCUGGUUUCGAUGGCGAGCUUCUGGUCGCUAAGGAGCUUGGUGAGAUUUUCGGCCAACAGCAGCGCUCCCGCGACCAAGUCAUCAACAUUCUGGAUCGCCGCAUAGACUAUGUCAGCCAAAACGUGCGCAGCUUGCAAACGCAGUUGGAAAAAGCGGAACUUGAGAUUCUCGAUGCCGAGGCGUCCAAUGAGCAGGGUGCCGUCGACGAAAAUGGCCCUCCUAUUACGGAAAUCGUUGAGGAGUUGGACGAGGACGGCAAUGUUUUGUCAUUUCGCCUGAACCGACCCGGCGACGCGUUGCCGCGCGUCAAGGCAGCUCUUGAGAAGGCUGGCAUUGAUGCUCCGUCACUAGAGCCCUCGUCUUCAAAACCACAACAAGAUGUAAAGACCACCAGUCUCGCCAAGAAUGAGCCCGGCAAGAAAGUCAAGGAGUCGAUAGCGCUACCCACCGGGUCAGAGCCAGCUCAAAACGCGACGCCUCCAGUCUCACGGAUGGCGAAGCGGGUGGACGGCAUCAUGAAGACCGCCAAAGAACAAGAAAAAAUAAGCAGUCAGCCUGCAGCUAUCCCUGACGAGGAUCCCGACGAGGCAGCCCUCCGCCAACAGAUGCUAAAGUAUAGUAUGGGUGAGAUGGGCGCGGUUGUGGCUGAACUCAACCUUGAGGAGGACGAUGAAGACGAUGAUGAUUUUGACGAUGACGAAUGGCUAGACGCCGAUGAGAUUGAUAUGGACGAUGACGACGACGAAGAGGAAGAUAAAUACGGCCGUUUCACAGGCCGCAUGAUUACUGACAAGUACCAAAGACGAAUGCUGGAGCUGGAGACCAAGCUCGGUGUCAAGUCUCGCUUUACGCAAAAACUAGAGGAGGAAGCGGAAGAGAAGGACUCUGACGAUGACGACGGUGAGGGAAUCGGUCGCAUACGCAUUCAGUCUAAGCCCACGCCAUCAUCAGCCUCUUCUUCAGCUGUGCCUACAAAAUCCAUCGUCAAGGACAAGAGUUCCGCGAAGAACGAGCCUAAAAAGGGCGUCCGCUUCGCCAACGAGCUCGACAUUGCCCAGGAAGCUGAGCAGCCAAGCUCUACUCCCGCCGAAACCAAAGCGGACAGCACAGAUAUUGUUGAGCCCAUGAGUGAGCUCAUCGUCGAGCGAAAGCCUGCCUCCACGCCCGCGGCCGUGACCGCUCCGUCGAAGCAGCGGCCAUCACGGUUCAAGAAGGCCAAGGAGGCCGCCAGCGCACCGACAGAAACCCCGAGCAUUCCCAAGGGUCCCUUUGACGUGCCCUCGUCCUUUCUCUCGCAGCACGAGGAGCAGGAGGAGAGGCCGGUCCCCACCGGCCCCGAGGGCAAGACGAUUGCCGACACCCUCGUUGAAAAGGGCAGCGUGGCGCGGCCCGCAGACCCCAGCAAACUCGACGACAACAUGGUCCACAUGGGUGUCGCCGAGGAGCACCAUCGUCUGCGCAGCCGCUUCAUACGGCGCGAUGGCCAAGGGUUUGCCAAGGAGAGGGAGGUGCACGUCCAGUCGCUCGAGGAAGCCGAGGGCCGGGGCGAGCACAUCAGUCGCUUCAAGGCCGCUCGUCUGUCUCGACAAUAA